AUGAUCUCGAGAUCGGCUCUCGCGAGAAACGCGCAGCAGGCCGCGCGCAGGUCCUGCAGCGUGCGCCCGGCCCAGCAGCGAGGCUUCGCUGCCGUCGCUUCCUCUGGUGCCUUUGAAACCACCGAUGCCAAUGGCCUCAAGGUAGCUUCCAGGGACACUCACGGCCCUACCACCAAGCUCGCGAUUAUUGCCAAGGCUGGUACCCGUUACCAGCCUCUUCCCGGCCUGACCGUCGGGCUUGAAGAGUUUGCCUUCAAGAACACCCAAAAACGAUCUGCCCUGCGCAUCAACCGCGAAUCCGAGCUCCUUGGUGGUCAAUUGACUGCUAGUCAUACCCGUGAGGCCCUCGUGCUCGGCGCCAGCUUCCUCAAGGACGACCUCCCCUACUUCGCCGAGCUCCUUGCCGAGGUUGUCACCCAGACCAAGUACACCACCCACGAGUUCCACGAGGAUGUUGAGCGUGUGCUGCACCUCCGUCAGGCUGCCAACAGCGCCAACGUUGCUGCCAUUGCCCUCGACAACGCCCACGCCGUUGCCUUCCACACCGGUCUUGGAGCUCCCCUCGCUCCCUACUCUGCUGUUCCCGCUCAGAAGUACCUGAAUGAGGAGCAUGUCGCCAGUUACGCCGACGCUGUCUACACCAAGCCCAACAUCGCCAUCGUCGCUGAAGGUGCCAACGCCGAGACUCUGUCCCGCUGGGUUAGCCAAUUCUUCAAGGACGUCCCUGCCUCCUCCCAGAGCGGCCAGUCUCUUAAGACCGAGGCUACCAAGUACUUUGGUGGCGAGCAGCGUACCGCCAACCCCGCCGGCAACUCCAUGGUCAUUGCUUUCCCUGGCUCCGACAUCAACGCCUCCAAGCCCGAAAUUGCUGUCCUUGCUUCGCUGCUUGGCAACCAGCCCUCUAUCAAGUGGUCUCCAGGCUUCAGCCUGCUCUCCAAGGCCGCAGCCGCCACUCCCGGCUUGUCCGCCUCUACUUCCAGCCUCGCCUACUCCGAUGCUGGUCUCCUGGCUAUCCAGCUCACUGGUGCUGCCGCAUCCGUCCGCAAGGGCGCUCAGGAUACUGUCAAGGCUCUCAAGGCCAUCGCUGAGGGCUCCAUCAGCAAGGAGGAUGUCAGCAAGGCCGUCGCCAACGCCAAGUUCGAUGCUCUCGACAAGGCUCAGCUCCGUGACUCCAGCAUCCUGCUGGCCGGUAACGGCAUUAUCAGCAGCGGCAAGCCUCUGGAUAUUGCUAAGAUCAGCCAGUCUUUCGAUGCUGUUAGCGCCGAUAAGCUGAAGACCGCUGCCAAGGCUCUCCUAGACGGCAAGGCCACCGUUUCCACUGUCGGUGACCUCUUCGUUCUUCCCUACGCUGAGGAGAUUGGCCUUCGGCGAGACCUCAGUCCAUUUCUCGCCUGCAAACCAUCUCUCCAUGCCCGCUGCGCCUAUUCAGAGGCAAUCCUAGCGGCGACGAGCUGGGCGAACACGGCGGCGACCAAGAUCCUCCUGUUUGGCAUCCCUAAGUUGCCCUUCCUGGCCGAGUGGAAAGUACAACCUUGUAUUCUCCCAACCCUUCGGUUCAACGACAACUGUCCAUCCUACCCCUCGAGGAUCCAACCCGAGCUACCCGCACACGCUGACAGUAGGAGGCUCCUGCAUUGCGGUAUUCCUCGAAACUCGAUUCGGCUUACCUUCAUCUCAUUCUUGACUCGUUAA